AUGGAGCCUCUUACGCUCAAAGCCCGAACGCCCAUUGGGAGCCCGGAAGUCGAGAAUUGGGACGAUGAUGAUUUUGAAAACUUCGAUGAUGUUCAUUUCCGCACUGCUUCAACCGCUACUUCAAUCAUUUCACACCCCCAAACCAACCACAGAGAUUCCGCUUCUUCGCGCAUGUCCGUGCGAUCUGAGUCUAAUAAUGGAGAUGAGAACUGGGACGUGCUAGUCGAUGAACAAGCUUCAAUAAAGGAUACGAUAGCACUGGCAAAGAGCAAGGGCAUACCUUUACCCAGCAACGUGCCUCGAUCUGCCCUAGAAGGUGGCACGAUUCGACGGCUGAAGGGCAAAGAGAUCAAGAAGGCGAUUGCUGAUGAUUGGUCCGAAGACUUGGACCUUCCUGGCAGCGAUGUUCCUCUGAAACUCGCAAAGCACGAUGAUCGCGAUCUUUCGGAGAAUCUGCGUCAAAUCAGUGCAGCUUUCCGUACAUCUCCCAAAACUCCUGAAACGAGCAAAGAUUUUUUUGACAAGACUAUCCGAUCACCGAAGUCAAGGAUAGCCCCCACGCCAAUUACACUCGAUGCCUUUCGCGACACCGAAGAGGACGCCGAUUUUGCUGACGUUCCAACGAUAAGGGUGGCUAAACACCGAUCACCACAAAAACCAUUACUAUUUGAGCAGCCUCCCACACCCCUGAAGCCGCAGAUGGAAAGCAUUGAAGAAGACCUAGAAAUCCCAUCUGAUGGCCACUUGAGAUUAUCGACCAGGAAGCCUCAACCACAAACCCCGCAGCAAGGUGAAGAUUACGACAUCGAGUGGGCGGAAGGCAGCUUGGGCACAAGAAAUGGUGGCAGAAGAGGUGGCCGAUCAGCUCGUAGCUCAUCCGCUUCCGCUCUGAGCCCUAGCGUCUCAAGUGCCUUUACUGCCGAGAGUGAAGAUGAGGGCUUAGAUGGCCUUGUCCUUCCAGACGGCCCCAUUAGCUUUGAAGCCAAACUUAAACAACGCCAGCUAGAACAGACAACAGAUAACAACAACGUACCUGAGGGAAAAGCCGGCCUCAAAAGGACGUCUGGAAAGGACGACUUCUUUUCUGGUCUAGAAAUUGGUGAUGGGGAGGUCUUUGACUCAGCCAAAUUAACCUUAAAUCGCAACGUGAAGCACAAAAGCACGCGGACUGCAAGUCCAUCCAGGAGAACCGCCACAACACUCAACUUUACCAGUACAAAGACAGGAGGCACUAUAUCCCGAUUGCCUCGAUUCCAACCAACACACGACCGACUUGAGCGCCCUCGCUCCCAUCUCGAACCUGUCUCGGAAACAGGCGCCGCAAUUUCCACCUAUCAACGACCAAGCUCGCGAAUUGCAAGUCACUCAGGACAAGUCGGUGCUACAGCCAAAGUCACUGCUACAGCUACAUCUAUCCCUGCGCCAGCAACACCCUCUACACCCUCGACACCCUCUACACCAAGCAGCCGGCUUCUCCGAGGUGCUGAAUCUCGCCCCGAUCUUCGGUAUGAGCAGCCAACUACUACAAAUGCACAGCUGCUACGUGCAAAGCGAUCAAUGCCUGCGAUGCGCGGCGUCAACUCACCUACCAAAGCCUCUCCAUAUGUGAGACCCCCCUCAAGACAGGACCUUGGGAGUCGCCUCAACCUUUCAUCGCGGCCUAAGACACCCACUGACCGUCUUGAUACUCGCUCUGGAGAUCCCAAAAAGGCGAGCGUUCCAUUCAUACCGGCCGGAGCAUCAGUUGCCCAGUCUCACAACAUCAAUCUCAGGAACACAACUUCACGCCACCAUCGCGGUCAAGGAUCUGAUGGAUCAGGGGAUAGCAUGUCUGCUGCACAGCGAUCUUUGUCUCGUCUUGCGGGACUUGGCAGACCAGAAACUCCCCGUGGUCGCAGUAACCUCACCCCUAUUGAAUUAGCUGCUCAAGCAAAGAAAACCAUCACGAAGCCCACAAAGCGGCGCAACUAUGGUGACGGAUCCGAACUCGAGAUCUUCGAUGAUCUCCCAACAUCUGCCAGUAUCGAGUCUAAAUUCACCAAACAACCAGUAGGCCGCGGCGCGCCUCGUAGCUUGAGGAGUAAGCUCGGACUAUCUCACCUAAAUCCUUCUACAUCAUCUCUAGCCAGCACCCGUCGUGGUAGCGACACUCCCGUUCCUGGGACCCCUUUGACUCCCCAUCGAAACGACUUCCCUACAACAGCACUCAACACAACCAACGUUCCCCGAUUUGCGCGCGACACUGCUGCAUCUCGGAACGCUCGAGAACAGCGUCAGAUUUCAACGAGCUUCCAGAACAUUCGGGGUGAACCACUGCAGCCAAUUUCUACGAAUUGGAAACCUUUUGCUGCUACACGACUUAAUCAGCAAGGCAGCUUGCGAAAGAAGAAGAGCGACAAAUCUCAGCAGAAACCUCAACUCAUCAAAGGCAUGGGUAGUGACCUAAACAGCGCAAAGACUGUAAAUGGAAUGCAGUAUAACCCAUUGCUAUUUCGGUGGGAGGGAAAUGAAAACGCUCUAGCUCCUUUCGACGUGCCAGACUUUCAUCCAAGAGGUGGUAGUCCUUCCGGUCAAGGUCAGGGAAGUCCUGGAACUAAAGCUAACAUGGCUUUGAUAUCGAAUGUUGGCUCUAUCACCGGAGUUCAAGUUGUUGGUGGUAUGGUCUUCGAUCCCUCACAGAUGCGCUGGUUGAAGAUCGCAGAGGAUGGAACGGGAAGCACUACAGGUAUUCGAGGCGAGAAUGUUCAAGUGGAAGAUGAAGAAGACGUCUUUGCAGGUCUUGAGGACUUGAGGGAGGAGGACGAGACACGAAGCCGAAGCGGCACGCUACAAAACCUCGUGAGUGCCAGUCAGUCUCGUGAAUCACUCGGAGACGCAGAUGGUGGACACAGUAGUGGAGAGGAUUGGGGAGUGGCCGAAGAGUUUGACGUAGGACCGGAGUUUGUUCGAAGACAGCGGAGUGAGGAAGAGAGGUGGCGUCGAAAAGUUGAGAAAUGGCUCAGAACAGGCACCGAUGCCGAGGAUGACGAGAAUGCCGACGGUACACAAGGCUGGAGAUGGGCAAUUCGAGACCUUGUGAUGGCUGGACUUUAG